CGCAAACGAAUCUUCGGAUCAAUUUCCCUCCGAUUUAUUCACUUCUGCAACAAGCGGCGGCAAGGAGCCAUAGUGCUUCAUCUGGGCGGCCUCGUCUAUAUGUUUGUCGCGUUGGCUGUGGUGUGCGAUGAAUUCUUCGUGCCCAGCCUCUCCGUGCUCAUCGAAGUGUUUGACAUUUCCGAGGACGUGGCUGGUGCGACAUUUAUGGCAGCCGGAGGCUCAGCACCUGAGUUCUUUACUUCUGUUUUUGGCGUGUUUGUGGCACAAAAUAACGUCGGUAUUGGCACGAUU